CCGGGACCCAAUCCUUUUUUAACGCAGCAUCCGAGAAUGACUCAUUUUCCCAUCAAUCACUCAGGAGCUAAUCAAUAUACAGCACAAUAUCCUGGAAAUUCCCCAUACGCCACAUUGCAUCCGGGACAAUGGCAGUUCGGAGAAACUCUCCAGCAUGGAGGUGCCGAGUCAAGAUUUUUGAGAAACCCACCUUUCACAGGGAGAAACCCUCAAUUUUUUGGAAAUAAGCAGCUGCCAUCUCAGACGAUACAGUUUGGUAUUCCAUGGCAAUUUCAAAACCCUUGCCCACAGACGCGAUUCAGCAAUGAAAUACAGAAAACAAAUGGGAAAACUUGGCAAAGUCCAAUUGGCAAUAAUGACACUACGACAACUGGUCAAUUACAUAAUUUUCAGUUCAUUGGUUCGAUGAGCUCAAGUGCCCCACCUGAAGAAGCUUUCAACGGAAACAAACCACAAACAAACCCCUUGGUUGACAACUCUCCAUUCAGAAACCAAACAACAGAAGCUGGACAAUAUACUAAACUUCAGGAGAGACAAUUAGAAAGAGAUGGAAUAACUAAUUUGAUGCGUAUUCAACAUCUAAUUUCAACUUACAAUACAGUUAGAAACCUGGUUGUCUUGUGCAGAGAUUUUAAGACUCCUGUGUUUGGUGAUUUUCCGGACGGUAACGAUGUUGAAAAGAAAAUCGUGAAAACUCUUUUACAAUUUUUGAAAGAAGAAAUUAGAAAGCUUAGGUUUGUCGGCUUGGAAGAAGGAGAAAAACUAAUGUUUGACAAGUGCGUUGAAGAUCCAAUCCUGCGGGCUAGCUUCUCAGUUCUUAAAAUGACGAUCACGCGUCUUGAAAUCAAGAUAAACGACCUUCAGGAUGAGAGGAAGAAAAAUGAAAAGUUAGAAAAAGCUACAAAAACUUUCGCUGAGGAGCUAAGAGUUAAAGAAGCAAAAGCUAGAACACUUAAGGCGGAGUUAGGGGCAGAGAAAAGUCGUUGGCACAAACUGAGUGAAAGAUUAAAGGAAGAGAGAAAAAAUAGCGAAACAACACGCUUGGAAUUUGCCCAGGAAAUGGAGGCAUUGAACCAAAUUAAAAUACACAAAUUACACGAGGAUCUUCGAACUUUGCAAGAGAAAAUAAGCAAUGAAACAAAGCUUUGUAACAAGACAAAAGAGGAAAUACAAAUUGUAAAAGAAGAAAACGAUAGUUUGCGAUUGCGCAUUAGCGAGCUCGAGCCGAAGUUUAAAAAUUAA